AUGGCUCCUUCAAUCGACGACGCUUCCCAUAGCCAUGUGCAGGCAACUUCAACCUGCAAGGUUGGAAUCAACGGCUUCGGUCGUAUCGGCCGCAACGUCCUCCGCGCAGCCCUAGUCCGCUCCGACAUCCAAGUUGUCGCAAUCAACCACACAUGCGUCACCGUCGAAGACCUCAUCUACCUAGUCCGCUACGACUCGUCGAUGGGUGACCUAGAUGAAAAGACCCCCAUCCACACGCUCUCCGACAACCUUAUCACAAUCAAUGGCAAGCAUAUCGCCCUCACAUCCGAACGUGACCUGAAGAAACUCAACUGGGCUGCCCUGGGAGUCGACUACGUCCUCGAAUGCACAGGCAAAUUCACCAAGCGCGAUCUCGCCCUCGAUCACAUCACCCACGGCCAGGCGAAGCGUGUUCUCAUCUCCGCUCCUAGCUCGGACUCGCCUACUUUUGUCUACGGUGUUAACGAGGACUCUUAUACUCCUACCGAGGACUGCCGCGUUGUUUCGAAUGCUAGCUGCACUACCAACUGCGUUACUCCUGUUCUGAAGGUGCUUGAUAGCUCCUUUGGUAUUACACAGGGAUUCUUGACUACUAUCCAUGCUGCUACGAGGUCGCAGCAGGUUCUGGAUGGUUAUAGCAAGAAGAACAAACGACUGGGCCGCGGUGUCUUCAACAACAUUAUUCCCACAACAACCGGUGCAGCCAAGGCCGUCGCUGCUGUUCUCCCCGGGCUGAAGGGCAAGGUGACUGGUGUCUCCAUCCGUGUCCCAACCCCCAACGUCUCAAUGAUCGACUUGACAAUCAGUACCGAGAAGCCAACCUCGCUGGCCGAGGUUAUCUCUGCCUUCCGACGAGCUUCCAAGAUGGAUAUGGCCGGCGUUCUCAAGGUUGCGGAUGACGAGCUUGUCAGCAGCGACUACAAUGGCAGUCCCUACAGUGCUAUUAUCGAUGCUCCUUCAUGCAUGGAGUUGAACCCUCAGUUCUUCAAGAUCAUGGCUUGGUAUGACAACGAAUGGGGAUACUCGAACCGAUUGUUGGAUUUGACGACUCAUGUCCAUGCCCAGGAGGCUCUUUGA